ACAAACACUCAACAACAACAAGAAAGCCAGCAACCAAUCUUUCUUUCAGCUCCUGCUAAAAUGAACUCUGAGCUUCUCUGCAACAUUUGCAUGGGAGCCAUAAACAUGACACCCAAAUGUGGCGAAGUACAUAGCAUCUCUGUUUGUGGCCAUUUUUUCCACUCUUUCUGUUUGCAGCAGUGGAUUGGGAAAUGCCCUGCAGGGUUGAAGCUUGUUUGUCCUUCUUGCAAGAGGUCAUUCUCUUCUGAUAAUGUGGUUCCUUUGAUUUUUUCUUAUCCUGGUGAUGAAGAAGCAGGGCAGAUGUCAACUUUGGAGAGUGAGGAUGAUAGAAUGAAACAUGUACUUCUGACUUGCAACAAAUGUAAGAAAUGUAAGAAAAAGGAGAAGCUUGUUCGUUCAUUAAGAAAGGCUAUUGUUAAAGUCAUCAAGGAGCUUGAGAUGACAAAAACUGAUUUUAAGAAGCUUCUUAAGGUGGUUAAGAAGGCAGAGAAGUUGCUUGAAAAGGACUGAGCAUGAAGGGAAAUAUGCAUCUCUAGAAAUCAUGUUUUGUUUAGUGUGGCAUUGUAACUGCUAUUGAGCAAAUUAUUAGCGUGGAACUUUUGGUUUCUUUUUGGAUGGAUUUGAGCAGUUUGGGGCAAACUCUUGUUUCUAUUUUGUAAUAUUUCUGGUUUAGAAUUAGAAACAAGAUGUGAUCAUGAUGACAUGAAGUAUAUAUGU